AUGGUGGAUGGUUGCGGCUCGAAAUUCAAAGCCCAAUUAGCAACCGCCAAGUUCGCAGACGAUAUUGAGGCUGUGGUUAUUGCAGAUGUCACUGAUGCCAACGUCAAAAUUCGUCUCAUGGAGCGAUUGGACGACUGGGCGGCGGUUUUUGCCACAGAUCCCGGACUUGUCAUUAUUCCAAACCUCUACUACACAUUGGUUAAGAACAACACACCCAGAUCGAGCGUCCCACGACAAGGCUCGCACUCUCCACCCCGCGCAUCCAUCACACCGGAACAGCAAAUGAGGCAAAUGGCACAGGAUAUUGAGCUCGCACGGAACAACGCACACAUGUUGAUUGAGGCGGUGUCAUUUGCAGAUCCGGAACUAGAGGCUAUCGAGGAAAACGAAUUGAUCAAGGAAUUCCAUUCAAAAUGUCUCACACUCCAGCGCGGCAUCCAGCAAUAUCUGUCAGAAAUGACAGAGUCGGCGAACCCCAACGAGCAAUGGCUGACAUCACUUUUGGCUUGCAACCAGGAACUUGUGCAGGCAUUCACGGCAUAUAACCAAAUGAUGGAGCGCCAGCACUUGAGCAAAGUCACCAAGGCGUCCGAAAUGACUGAUGUAGUCCCGAGUCGCAAUGUCGAGACGUUGUCGAAUGGUCAGCGCAGCCCAGCACAUGAUUUGAUGUCUUUUGAUGGUGGUGAUGGUGCAGGCGUUGGUAACGGUCAUGUUCACAGCAACGGCAACGGCGCCGUGACCGGAAACAGCAAGGGAGUCGCGACAAAUGGAUCUGCUGCAGUACAUUCCGCGGAUCCAUUCUCAGAUCAGCCAUAUCUUGUCGCUGGACCGGCUGAUGUUGCAGCAGCGGUCAAGAUGGGCAAGCGGACAGAUAAUCAGGACAAGAUUUUUGAUGCUUCUGCAUAUUUCAGGCAGCAACAACAGGAAGAAGAGCAACUGCAGGCACUGAAGGAACAACAGAGACUGCUGCACGAGCAGCAGACUGGCGGCAGUGGAUCUAGUCAAGCAGCAAGUACUCACGUCCCAGCAUCGGCCCUCCCAUGA